GACUUAUUUCCGUGACGGACAUUAACUGCAGUAUUUAGCCAUAGGUAUUUAGCAGCUGCCGCUAAUCAAGCCUUUUUCCCUCCGGACGUGAGUUGUUAGCAUGAAAAGCAUGUUAUCUGCCAUCUCUAAUGCACUCUGUCGCGUCACUGGCCGGAAAGUGGUGGCACAAACGGUGUCAGAGCUGCUGAUUGACCUGUCAGAAUAUGUCAGUCUCGUGUCACUGGCGGCGACUGAUGCGACAAAGACCCAGUGGCAGCCACCUAAACCACCACCACCACCAGAUGUCAGUAGUAGACCACCUGACACUGACUUAGUUAAUCCCCAGAUCCAGACUGAGACCUACCCACAGCUAGAAACACCAGCCGGCACAGUUGUCGCCUCACGCUCCUAUGCGGACUUCACCCCCCGGGUGACCUUUGACAUCAAGAAAUGUGAUCUGCACGGUCUGGAGGUGGGGCCUCCACUGAAGGCGGAGCUCACACGGGCGCAGGGUCUGGAGUAUUACCGCACUAUGCAGACGGUGCGACGCAUGGAGCUGAAAGCUGAUCAGCUGUACAAGCAGAAGAUCAUCAGAGGCUUCUGUCACCUGUACGACGGACAGGAAGCCUGCGCUGCCGGCAUUGAGGCGGCCAUCAACCUCUCUGAUCACCUGAUCACAGCGUACCGUGCCCACGGAUACACGUUCACUAGGGGCGUGUCCGUCAAAGAGAUCAUGGCCGAACUCACAGGCCGCAAAGGAGGCGUGGCCAAAGGCAAAGGCGGGUCGAUGCACAUGUAUGCGCCACAUUUCUACGGAGGCAACGGCAUCGUCGGAGCACAGGUUCCUCUGGGAGCAGGCGUUGCUCUGGCCUGUCGUUACCAAGGUAACGAUCAGAUCUGUGUCUCACUCUACGGAGACGGAGCAGCUAAUCAGGGUCAGAUCUUUGAGACGUUCAAUAUGGCUGCCCUGUGGAAGCUGCCGUGCAUUUUCGUCUGUGAGAACAACAAGUACGGCAUGGGGACGUCGGUGGAGCGAGCGUCGGCCAGCACUGACUACUAUAAGAGAGGAGACUUCAUACCAGGAAUCAGAGUGGAUGGCAUGGACGUCCUCUGUGUCCGAGAGGCCACAAAGUUCGCUGCAGAUCACUGCCGUUCUGGAAAGGGUCCCAUUCUGAUGGAGCUGCAGACGUAUCGUUACCAUGGCCACAGCAUGAGUGACCCCGGGGUCAGCUACCGCACUCGUGAGGAGAUCCAGGAAGUUCGCAGUAGGAGCGACCCCAUCUUCAUGCUGAAGGAACGAAUGCUCAGCAACAACAUGGCGUCUGUGGACGAGUUCAAGGAAAUGGACACUGCGAUCAGACAGGAAGUGGAGGAAGCCGCUCAGUUCGCCAUGUCAGACCUGGAGCCGCCACUAGAGGAUCUGUGCAACCACAUCUUCGCCAACAACCCGCCGCUGGAUGUCCGUGGGACAAACCAGUGGUCCACGCUUAAGUCUAUCAGCUAGAAAAAAACAUUGUCCUUUGACCUCCAGCAUUCCACACUUUCCUGGGCCUCAGCUCUGACCUGAAAACCUUCAGUAUGCAUUUAUUAAUUUAUGAAGAGAAAUAUUUGACGUUUACGUUGAUUCUGCCGGAUCCUCAACAGAAACGUCGUCGACUUUAACAGGUUUAAGAAACAAAAAUUAAAAAAAUGCUGAGUCACUUUAUUUUACGCACAAACUUUUACAUUUUAACCUCAUCUGUGAUGUUUAGAGACUUUUAAAUGUUCAGAAAGUGACUCGGAGCAGUUUAUUUAUGAUAUUCAGUGAUAUGGGACGUUUAUGAUUAAGCAGUGCUGGAUUUACUGCCUUUACAUUCAUAUAUUUAUGCAGAUUUGGUGUAAAAAAAAAAAAGAAGCAGGAAAUUGUUAAUUUUUUCAUCUGUUUUAAUAGCAAUAGCGUGUACAUGUAACGUAUAAGGAAAUUAUAGUUGCACUAUAAUAUAUUUAUUUAAUUUAUUUUUGCACGUUUUAAAGGUCAUAAAUUAAAUGAGUGUAUGGUUUGUAGACUUUUCUCUGUUGGGAAACAUGAGGAAGUGGCAGAAAGAAUAACUUCCUCUUUUCUUUGUUUUUCACAAUAAAGUUGGCGGGUUGUGUGUUUGUGUGUGUGUGUGUGGGCACAAGACUUUGAAAAUAAACAUGCAGAAAAUGGAGAAGUGAAAAUAUGUAGUCUCUAUUUAUUUGUGCUAAACAAAUACAGUUUAAAGAAGUUGUAAAGAAAACGCCAACCAUGUCUUUGAAGCUAUUAAUUUUAAAAUAUAAAUUACCAAAAAAGAUCGGAGUAUUCUGUUCCUCUUUCUGCCACUAGGUGUCACUAUUAUUCGUCCAAUCGAUAAGAAGUCAAUGUUUUUGUCUUUUGGGGAUUACUUUGAUCCUUUAAUCAUAAUCUGUGGUUAAUGUUUUUGUCUUACAGGUCGUUUUUCACCUGUUUGCUCAUUUUAUUUCUCUGGGUAUUUUUUAUGUCAAUCUAAGGUUUUGUGUCAAUUUGUGCAAAUUAAAAUCAAUUUAUGCCUCUGA